CGACGCGACACUGGUGGUGGAAAAAGAUUAGUACAAAAUCGAAGGGACCCUACUUUUUCUCUGCACUUUUGAGCUGGGCAUGGCCCACAUUUGUCAUGGGACUAAGUGGCAUUCAUGCUACAGUACCAUUGGUCGCAUCUUCUGGAGUUAUAUGGACGGUGCUGAUGGCCUGGUUGGAUACGGGGCUGCCUCCACUGUUGGUGGGGUUGAAGUCAAACUUGAACCCCACAGGGAAAGUGUUAGGCUGGUUGGCUUUGAGUCAGAUUCAGAGGACGAUGACAAUGGGGCUUUGGCUAUAGAUUUGAAUUCAGGUAAAGAGUAUGGUAUGGAUCAUGUUGAUGGUUAUGAUGAGGAUGAGAUACUGAGAGAGAUACAGUAGGGUUUUUUUUUUUUUUUUCAAUUUCUUUGUGACAGUUUCCCCUUUCUUUGUAUUCUGAUUGAUUCUAAAUGAAAUUAUUUGCAUCGUCAACCUCGUGUUUUUUUUUUUAGAAAGAAAAUUGCAAAGAAUGAUAAGGGAAUCCAUUGAUUUUGAAUGAAAUAUUUUGCAUCCG